ACCUACCUAACCUUUAUUUCAUAUGUUUGGGUAUUCGUAGUUUCUUUACGAAAAUGAUUAUAUUCACGUUUUUUGUAAUAUUAAUAAUCUUAUACAUUUGUUUUGACGUUAACUACUUUGUAAGGACAUACUUUACAGUGUUAAGUGGUAGACUCUACCAGAGGAAGUACGGAGUAAAUGAAACAACACAUAUUUACGGAGUAUGCACGUUCCAAGACUGUGACACUACCCUGAGCCUGCGUCUAUGCCGCGUGAUCCGUGAGCUGGACUUCGCCCGGUACCACUACUACGACCGCACGGGGGUGUAUCGCCGCAGCCGACUGCUGGGCAUCAGGUCGCUGCAAGGAAGCACCCUUGUGAGGGUGUGGGGCCGCGUGCCGUUGUUUCAACCGUAUAAGAUCACGACUAAGCUGGCGUAUUGGGACAAGCGAUCGUUCUUUUUUGAACACGAGCUGAUCACCUUGCACGACGGCCGAGUGAGGGCUUCUCUAGUCUCUAGACAGUAUGCCCUCAGUGCUUCGGGGGACUCCGUGGAAGCACUAAUACUAGGUCUUGACGGAGCUGAAGUUAGGCCUGAGUGCCCGCAGUAUUUGCGCUGCUGGCUGGACCGCAUGGAACUGUCGAGCAAGAGGCUGAGGGCAGAAUGUGAUGUCAAAUAAAGAGUCGUGUUUGAUUAUUUAA